UCCACCCACUGUAGUGUAUAUUUAGAGUGGGUUCUCCACCGUUUAUGUGAAUACUUUGACGGGAUUUUAUUGUGAUAGUCCGCACAGGAUUUUGGCAAGACGCGCUUGGAAACUUAGUUCGAGCCUUAGAAUGGGUACGUGGUAGGUACCGAGUGGAAACUUCCACACAGAACUGCCAGCAUUUAAAAGUAAAAAAAAAAAAAAAAAAAAGCUGGUGGACACCGGAGAGACGAGCAGGACGCGGUCAUGAUGCUUCCACGCAGGCAGGACUACGGGAAGAGAAGGAGCGACGGCGUGCGGAGCGGCUCCGUUAUAAACUUCAGGAGCGCGGGGAGCCCGGGCUCUGUCCGCCGCAGCUCCGCCCUGCUGCCCUCGGUGCUAACCUUCCUGGUGAUCGUAGCCUCCGGAGGCCUGCUGCUCAUGAUAGAGAAAGGAAUGCUGAACAGCGUGGAGACACCUUCUCCCCGGGGCAGCGCAAGGCGGCUGGAGCUCAUCGGUGAGACCCGGAAAUACGGUGCAGACGGCGCGGACGUGGACUCCCAGAUCCUCCAGGAGAUCCGCAACCGCACCAUCAGGACCAUGUGCAGCCAGAAGAACAUGCCCCACAGCGUCUGGUCCCUGAGCCCCCUGCAGAGGAAGACGGUGCUGCAGCACAUCCUGGUGAACGACGAGUACCGCUUCCUCUACUGCUACGUCCCCAAAGUGGCCUGCUCCAACUGGAAGAGAGUCCUGAAGGUCCUGAGCGGAGCCUUGGAGAGCGUGGACGUCAACAUCAAGAUGGAUCACCGCAGUGACUUGAAGUUUUUGUCCUCCCUGAAGCCUGAGGAAAUUCGCUACCGCCUCAAGCACUACUUCAAGUUCAUGUUCGUGCGGGAGCCCAUGGAGCGGCUGCUUUCCGCCUACAGGAACAAGUUCGGAGAGAUCGAAUCCUACCAGAAGAAGUACGGAGCGGAGAUCGUGAAGCGCUACAGGAAGGGCCGUGCCAAAGAUGCGUCCGUGACGGGAGACGACGUGACCUUCGGAGAGUUUGUCCGUUACUUGUUGGACGAGGACGUGGAGCGCAUGAAUGAGCACUGGAUGCCCAUUUACAACUUGUGCCAGCCCUGCGCCGUUUCUUAUAACUUCAUAGGCUCUUAUGAGCAGCUUGGAAGGGACUCGGAGUACGUGCUGCAGCGCAUUGGGGCGCCGCCUUUUGUUCACUUCCCGGAGAGGCAGACGUGGUACAAGCCCGUCACCACACAAACGUUACACUAUUACUUGUGCACUUUGCCGCAGAAGCUACUCAGGGAACUCCUGCCGAAGUACAUUUUAGACUUCUCUCUCUUUGCUUACCCCCUCCCAAACACAACCACUGAGCACUGCCGGCAUUAAUACAUGUUCCUUUUUCUGGUUUUUAAAUGUUUAUAUAUAUAUAUAUGCAUAGAAAUUCAUUUUAUAUUAUUUUUGUUCCUAAGGAAAAAAAGUAUUAUUUUAAGAGAUGUUAAACAUGUACUUCUGAUGUCACACCAACCACUAAAGCUUCAAAAAGGUCAUUGAAACCUGUAUGAAUUGUUACAGUAAAUAGGUCACAAUUGUGUCAGCUAGUUCAUUACUGGCAUGGAUCUUAGUAAUUUAUUUUAAUUUGUCUGAACUGUUGUUCUUGUCAGGUUGGAAUGAUGAAACAACAUUCAACUUCAAAGAAAAAUUAAACAAACGUAAUAUAUUUUCUCUAACCCGCUAAUUAGCUAGCUGCUUAAAAUGAACCAGCUGUGGUCAAAUAUCUGGCUGGAUAUUUGACCAUUCUUCUAACAUGGAGUGUUAGAAUACCCAGUUAAUUUCAAACUAUUUGUUGAUUUGAGGAGAAGUUUGAAGGUAGUUCACCUUUCAUCAGUAAUCCAUCUAAUUUGUGCCAUGUACCAGUACCCUUCAAAAUCAUUCUACCAUUUCUGAUAAGAGGACCAGAACUAUGCCAGAACCAUCUUGAUGGCUAUAGGUGCCCCGUUGCCAAGGUGCAGUUUGCUAAGAGACAUUUGACCAAAUAUUUUGGGGUGUAUUUUGUUUAACUUUGAACAUGUGUAGAUUAGGGAAAGAAAAAAAAAAAAAAAAAAGUUCAGAUUUAUUUGUACCCAGUUCUGUUCUAAAAUAAAUUUUGGUGCAUGUUGUGUUACCAACACUCUGCCAAAAACUAAAUUACAGAACUUUUAUACUUUUAAGUCAAUCUAAUGUUCUAAUCUUGGACAGCGAUGUCCCUCCCCUCCUCUUACUUCUCAUGGAGCAUUAAACUGUUACCAUCUAA